AUGUGUGCGGAAGACGUUGAGAAGCUUGUGAAUGAUCGACUUCGAGACUUGAAGACUGGUGGGAACCUCGAGGAUGCGCUACGUAAGGAGAUGGACCAGGCGAUCUAUACUCCUUUCACCCUUGAAAUUGAGCAGGCUGCUCCCCCGAAGGGAUUCCGAUCCCGAGAGCCACCUAAAACACUUCAAAAGUGUCAUGAUCCUCCACAAGGCCGACGACGCACUGAUGUGCAAGGUGUUUACAAUGACCUUGCGAGGAGCAACUCAAGACUGGUUCCACAUCCUACCAUCUGGAUCGAUCAGCAGCUUCAAGUAGUUGGCUUACGUCUUUACCAAAGAGUACACCUCUUACCGGAUGAUCAAGAAGAACCCUGA